ACCCCAUAUGUUUUUAUUGCCAGUCAAUAAAUUUCUUUUCUUUUGUUUUAGCAGUGAAAUUCACUUAAAAAAAAUGAGAAUUCCCUCUUCAUAUAAAGAGAAGAACUAUAGAAUCAUCACCAUAUAUACACUUCUCUCUCUCUCACACUAUCUCUCCCCAUCCUCUUCUCUUUCUCUGAAAAUAUAAACUAUAAAAGAGAAAUAAUUCUUCCUAGGAACUGAUAAGGUAUAUAAGCAAUUCAUCAAACCAAAAUUUUCAUAUCCUUCAGUUUGAAAAUUUUUUUCUUAUUUUCUUUUAUUAUUUUGGCAAAGGCUUUUUUCCUUUUUUGGUGUUGUGAUAUUAGAUCAAGUUCUUCCACGCUGAUUAAGUUCUGCCCACUCUUAGCAUCUGCAUCUGCGCAUCUUUCUUUCUUUUCUUUCUUCCAACAAUAUGACAGCCAGAUUAUCAUCACCACAGUUUUUGAGAUUGGUUUCACUAGCAUAGGUCAUGACUUGCAAUGGGAUGGCGUUCUUCCCAGCUAAUUUCAUGCUUCAAACUCCGCAUGAAGAAGAUCAUCAUCAACCUCCCACUUCUCUCAAUCCAAUUCUACCCUCAUGUACAUCCCAAGACUUCCAUGGGGUGGCAUCAUUUCUAGGGAAGAGGUCAAUGUCAUUUUCGGGGAUUGAUGCCUCGUGUCAUGAAGAAGGUAAUGGAGAGGAUGAGUUGUCCGAUGAUGGCUCACAGGCAGGAGAGAAAAAAAGGAGGCUUAACAUGGAACAAGUGAAGACACUUGAGAAGAACUUUGAAUUAGGUAACAAGCUUGAACCUGAGAGAAAAAUGCAGCUAGCUAGGGCUCUGGGCUUGCAACCAAGACAGAUUGCUAUAUGGUUCCAAAACAGGAGGGCUAGAUGGAAGACUAAACAGCUUGAGAAAGAUUAUGAUCUCCUCAAGAGACAGUUUGAAGCUAUCAAAGCUGAUAACGAUGCACUCAAAGCUCAGAACCAGAAGCUUCAUGCAGAGAUAUUGGCACUGAAAAGCAGGGAACCAACUGAGUCUAUUAACCUCAAUAAAGAAACUGAAGGUUCUUGCAGUAAUAGAAGUGAAAACAGCUCUGAUAUCAAAUUGGAUAUCUCAAGGACACCAGCUAUUGAUAGCCCCCUAUCUAAUCACCCAGCAAACAGACCCCUUUUUCCAUCUUCAUCUAUAAGGCCUACAGGUGUGGCACAGCUGUUCCAAAACAACUCUUCAAGGUCUGAUCACAUCCAUUGCCAGAAGAAUAUAGAACAAAUGGUGAAGGAAGAAAGCCUUAGCAACAUGUUCUGUGGAAUUGAUGAUCAAUCUGGGUUUUGGCCAUGGCUUGAGCAACAACAUUUCAAUUGAAACACAACGGAUACUUCUACUACCAUAUUGAAAUUAAUUAAUAUACACCACUAUAUGCAGUUUGGCAAAGUUUUUCGAAUCAUCAUCAAGAGGGCAACUACCUUAUUUUAUAAGUCCAUGUUUUGGUACUCAGGUUGGUGUAUAAAAUAGGAUUUAUAUCGAAGCUGAAAUUUCAGGUUGGUGGAGGUGGGUAGGGGGGGGGCGCUGGCUGAAUAUCAUCUUUAUGAGGAAUAAAGGAGUUUGUGUCUUUGGGUUAUAUACCAUGUUUUUCCUAAAGAGUUAGAGAGAGAUGUUUGCUAGGUUGGAUCAUGGAAUCCAAGUGAUGAAUUAUAUUUGCUAGCGACUGGUUGGAGCUAGCACUAGCAUGGGCCAUGAAAUAAAAAGGGAUUCUCUCUUCCUUGCAUAUUUUUAGUUUUUCUUGCGUUGGAAUCAUGUCUUUGUACUACCAAAGAAAAAAAAAUACUUGCAGUUGCUUUCUUCAAA